UGCAUUGUAUUAUGUUUCUAGUCUAAAAAUUUGUGCCCGAAUUUGCUGCUUGUUUAAAAUUAUAGAAAAUGUGAAAUAAUUUUACAAUAGGCAUAUUUCAAACGAGCAGUGAUGUCGACCCGGUCUCAAUUAACUAAAGAUUUGAAUGAAAGCGUGAGGGCUCUGCUGGGACGACACACCAAAAUUCUGGUCAAGUAUAUGGUAAAAUUGGAAACGAAAAGUGAUAAAACUGAGAAUAGAGUAUUGGUGUUUACUCCUGUUCGUAUUUAUUUGCUGACAGCGAAAGUACCUACACGGAUUGAUGGAAAUUUUCAUUACCUCGAUAUACAAUCAAUCGACAGUAGAAAGCCAACACAUUUUUCAAUAACAACUAAUGACAAGACUUACUCUUUUUCUACAAUUGGGGAUGCUGGCAAUUUCAGUUCUAAUGCGGACGUCAUUCUCACAGAUUUAUCAUCAGCCAUCAAACAAAUAUUUCCCACAGUGCCAUUGAAAUACAUUAUUAGAAAGAUCGAUGUAAACCCUAUCGAACGUGCGUCAAUAUUUUCCGAUGAGUUUCAUCCGUCUGAUCCACGGAAUGUAGGACCAUGCGGCGGCUUCAGUAUGCAAUAUGCAUGUAUGUGUGAUUUCCAUGCAGUGCAAUAUAGAGAAGAAGUUUCUUGGGAUAUUGACACAAUCUAUCUGUCGCACGACAAUCGUAUACUUAAUUUACGAGAUUUUGAUCAUCUUGAACAAAAAGACUUGAUGGCUAUUAUUUCGGCAUUGGAGUAUAAUACAUUUUUUCGUGGGCUUAAGAUUAGUAAUACACGUUUGACGACCGAAACAUUAGAACGGAUUCUACAUGUAUUGAAACGGUCUAUGUGGCUGGAAGAGCUGCAUCUUGAAGGACUUGGAUUAAGAUCUGAUUUUGUUCACAAACUUGCAGUGGCUGUGAUAUCCAAUUCAAAUCCAGCACUUCGAUCAAUCGAUCUUAGUCAUAACUUAAUAGAAGAUAAAGGUGCUGGGCACUUGGCGGGUCCAAUAGCUAAAAUUUCCAAAGGCGUAUCCCGAUUGGUGCUUUCUCACUGCGGUCUAACAUCGAAAGGUAUCAAUCAAAUUACCCAUUCAUUGUCGUUGAAUCAAAAUAUUUUCAACUCUUUAACAUACCUUGAUUUGAGCGAAAAUAAUUUGAAGGAUGAUGUUAAUAAUCUGUACAACUUUUUGGCUCAACCAAACGCCAUAGAAUAUUUGGAUAUUUCUAAAACAGAUACGACUUUGGAAAGCUUAUUUGGUGCUUUACUGCGAGGAUGCUCGACGCAUCUUUUCCAUUUAAACGUGGCCCAUAAUCUGUUUGGUACCAAAAAAGGUAAAGAAAUUCCUCCUUCCUUUAAGCAAUUUUUCACGAGUAGCUUAAGUUUGAAGCAUUUAAACAUUGCCGGUUGCAAAUUACCAUUAGAAGCGCUCAAACACUUAUUGCUGGGACUCGCCUGCAACGAAUCGACCGCUAGUAUUUCCUUGGACCUUAGCGGCAAUUUACUCAGCUCUCAAGGUGCACACGUACUAGAAUCAUGCAUUCAUGGCGUUCGAGUACUAUCUAGUUUAGAUAUCAGUGACAACAAUCUAGAUUCAGAGAUGGCCUCCGUGCUUACUGCCAUAGGAAAAAAUCCUUCUAUCAGAGUACUGCAUUUAAGCAGAUGCUUUGCUGGGAUGAAACUAAAGCACAUUGCAACUGUGAUGGACGCGUUAGUAAAUUUGAUACAGAAGGACGAUUUCCAGCUGCAAGAAUUAGUAUUAUCAGAAAAUAAACUUAAGAAUGACCUCCAUAAUUUUAUAAAUGCACUCGGUAGUAACCAAAGUCUGCAAGUUCUUGAUAUCAGUGGAAAUUUAAUGGGAGAUAUAGGUGCGAGAUUAUUGGCAAAAGCGCUGCAAAUUAACAAUCGCUUGAAAACUAUUUCAAUGGAUCGCAACAAUAUAACAUUACAAGGUUAUGCUGAUAUAGUGUAUGCUAUGGAGCAUAACUUUUCGUUGAGAAAUAUACCCUUUCCGGUGUUUGAUAUGGCACCGUGUUUAAAACAGCACCCUGAUCGAACAGACAUGCUAAUGAGGAAACUUCAAGAAUUUCUAUUUCGCAAUGGGAGUGGCUUACGACGCGGAAAUGGUCAAGGAUUAAGAUUGCAGCAUGGUUUUUUACUAUCAUCUACGCACCAAAUAUUAGACAAACUAGUAGCGGAGACACAAGAAACGAUGUCAAUACGACAAGGGUCUCUAGAAGGUAGUCUAAUAAGACUAUUAGAGGACGCGGAGAAUUGCAAACAAUUACUGCCUAAACUACAAGAAUCCGUACGAUGUGAGCCGCAUCCCAUUGAAAUGCGACUGGGAAAGAUGAAAUCUGAGUUGAAUGUGACUAUUAAGAAUUAUCUUGAGGAAACAAUGGAAACAAUGCUCCGUACAGGAAUGGAACAAUGUCCCAAAACGCUUGGUAGCCCAGUAGUGAUUACGGAACUACGCAGAGGCUGUGAAGAAAGGUUGGUGAUAUCAGAAGAAUUUUUGCAAAACUGUUUGGUUCACAGUGCAGGCAGCGAAAUAAUAAAUCAAAUUAGUGAAGUGGAACAAUCUAUGGCCAGCUUAAUCUCUGACCGAGCGACAGAUGAAGUACUUGAAGCGCUUACUCGCUAUAAAAGAGGGUUAGGCAUAGCCGACUCAGCACACAAUUUUGCAGAAGAUGCACAAACGCCAGAUACAACUAGGAGUGGAUCAAGUCAGGGUUCUGAUGGCAUGGUACAGUUUGAAACUCGAUGCUUAGAUCUUCCAAAGUUGGGGUUGGAUUCACCUACAAAACUGGAAUAUCUGAACCUAAUUAUCUUUUCUUAUCAGGCAACACCACAUCUACAAACAAAGCGUCGCUCUAUUGCACGUAAAGUACGCCCUCAAUCUGUUGUUGGACUAGGUAUUGAAAAUUUAAGUCUCACUAAUCUUCCUGAAAUGAUGGAGUCGUCUUCCCCCGAGCGCCAUACCAGUAUUACCCGGCAACUGUCAACUCACCAGUGGAAAGAAGACGAGUGUUGCGAUUCUAUCACUGAACUUCCUAGUCAAUCUUUAACAUUGCAACAUUUAGUAAAAAGCCGGCCGAAACGUGCCAAAACACGUGCACCCAAGAAGCCUGUCAUAACUACAGAUGCGAUUAUUCCAAUCGCUAAUGAUGCAAUAGAAGCAUUUUUCCGACCGGGCUCAGCUACGCCUUCAACUCUCACCCCGCUAGUAUCACCUACUUCAGAGGAAUGCAGCUCGCUUUCUUUUGUAGAUAGCCCAACUCUAAGCCGUGACGAAGGUGGAAGAUUUAGCAACGUAACUUCAGGAGAAACCACUCCUAUAUUAGAGGAAAGACGGCCUAUCAAAUUGGAACGAUCGUCACCACUUUUCAAAGGUGUCAAUUGGACUUCACGAUCUAGAUCAUCGGACAAUUUGGAAAAGAUUUCACCAUCGGUAAUUAAAAAAUCGUCGUUGGUAAAAGGUAAUAACGAAACCACCCUAAUCGGUAAGGACCGAUGUUGUGCGACUGUUCCGGUUUCAGAGAACAUGCCCAAAACGGAGAAAUGUCCCAGCAACGAAUCAGUUCUAAGUCAGCAUUGCGAACAGCAAACGGCAAACGGAUCAAUGAAAACUCCUGGAAUUACGUCUAAACCUAGACCUUGGUCAGUACUCGGACAUGAGUCUAAGAACGAGUUCAAUGUCAACGAUUCUAUAAAAACUACUCCAGACAAUAUAGAUGAUGCAGUAGAUUUAGUCUUGAUAUCCGGGCAAACGCCAGGUGGAUCGAUAGUAGGCAUUACUCCUGGAGUCAUUAGUGGUGGUAGCAUUGUGGGUAUUACCCCUGGUGCAGCCCUGGAGAAAAAAACUGUUAGAGAUAUGGCUGCCAGUUUAAAUAAAUUGGGAGUAGAUAAAAAUAGAAGUAUCAUUGAUAAACCUCCGAUGCCAGCACCCAGAUUUAUUCGAAAGAGCGGACAUAGUAGCAUAUUUCAAGAGGAGGUCUCAAAUUUGCACGAUGAAAGUGAAUUUAUGCACACUAGCGCAGCCACCGAGAGUAAAAGCAAUGAAACCAUGAGUGAAGAACCUAAUUCCGCGAAAUCUAUUCUAGAAGACGACACGCAGAAUGCGAUCGAACCUGUUAAGCGCAUUGUGGCUGGCAAAAAAAUUACAACGUUGUUUGAGGAGACAUUAGUUGAAGGCCUCCAAAAGUCGAGAAACAAAGCGUUCAUUAACCGAGAAUCGAAUUUCUAUAAAGAUGACUCAGUAGAUGUGUAACGUAGUGUACACUGCUACUGGUAAAAUAUGGAUUUCACAAUCAGCAAAACUUAGUUUGAAUGUUUUAUGUUUUUCGCUGAUAGCAAUGAAGUUCUAUUAAGAUUUAACUAGUUUUACGUUUGAUUAAACGAGUUACACGACCUGAUUGAUGCACAUGUCUAAGGUUGCAAUUGUCGUACAGAACUAAGACAAAAUAGGCUGAACAAAGGGUGUUGCAGUAGUGUUUUUAUACUGUUAGACCUUCAAUUACAAAACCGUGACAAGUCUGAAUUUUUUUUAUAAUAUAGUUUCUAUUAACAUGCAUGUAAAUUCAAAUGGCUACAAGUAUUGCUAAAGUCUGCAUUAAUUAAUAAAAAUGAUCUGUAUUUUGUUCCAACCCUUUGGUACUGGCAGACGUUAGAACAACGUAUUGUUGAGAUGUAAUAAUACCAAAAAUCAAAAAAUUGCUGCUGUCACGAUAUUGACUACACCACAUUGUUUUUAUAGUUUCGUCCUAUUUGCAAAACAGUGCCAAAUGCGUGAUUAGUUAUAUAUUUUUUCAAAUAUUUCUAUAUCUCUGCGUAAUAUAAAAGUACAGUACAUGUUUAAUCGAGCAAAACUGUAAGGUAUUUUAGAAUUAUAAUACAGCAUGUUUUAAAACAAGAAAAAAUACUGCGUAUAAUGCAUUUUAUUACUUUUAUAUGCUGUAGAAUUACCUUAGUCAUACACUUAUUCGAAAAGAUCAGUGAGGGUAGCAGAAAAAAUAUUACCUGUAACAUACAAAAUUUCCGUUAAAAUAUAAUACAUUUGGAUGGCACAUAAAAUGACACACAAAUUAUGUAAACCGGUCAUGUUCAUUUAGAUGUUAAACACAGGUGCUGAACGUAUAUUUUAAUCUAUUUUAUUUGUUUUAAUUUUACCAUCAUGAAAUACAUUCCAAAAUAGUCAACAAAAACGUUCAUAGAUAUUCACUGUACACAAUUUUUUUUGAAGCUCUAGAUAUUUUAUCUAGAACUGAAAUAAGGAUUUAUUA